AUGGGAGAUUUUCUGCCUGACUCAUUCAGCAUGGACUCACUGCUGGCAAAGCUGACGGGCGUUGUCCUCAAGCAGCCGAUCAGGGGAGACGACUUUGUGGACAGACUCCAUUAUUUCGUCACUGUGGCCAUUUUGUUUCUCUUUGCGUUCGGUGCUGGACUGCAGGAAUACGUGGGUCAACCCAUCAAUUGUUGGACCCCGCUGGAUUUCCCUGCGGGGUCAGACAGUUACCACGCCCACAUCAACAGCUACUGCUGGACGCACCAGCUGCGAUACCCGAGAUUCCAGAGAAUUACUGCAAACAACAAAACCACGGGGAUCUGGGAUCUGAAAGAGCCUCAACCCCUCAUUGAUAUCGGGACGGCAUUCUUUAGAUGGGUCACCCUGGUGUUUGUUGUCCAGGCAAUGCUGUUCAAAAUUCCUAACUUCAUUUGGACCCGCAUGAACACCUCAUCCGGGGCCGAUCUUCAGAAGAUCCGGGAGCUUGUCUUGCAGGCGCAGACGGCGGAGAACGAGGAGAACAAAAAACUCAAGAUGGAUGAAGUGGUGGCCUAUUUUGAGAACUGGAUUACCGGAUACAAAUCCUACCGAAUCCGGCUGGUUGGACAACACUCUGGAACCAUUUUGUCAGUUUUAUUUUGCUUGGGAAAACGAUCUGGCAACUUCCUGUCAUCUCUUUACUUGUCAGUUAAAUUUCUGAAUUUGAUUAACGUAAUGGGAAACUUCUUUCUUAUGGCCGUGUUUUUGGAUGUUAAUUUUUGGAAAUAUGGCCUCCUAGUUUUAAACAGCGUCCUGAGCAGUGGGGAUUGGCAGGAUCCGUACAGCUUUCCUCGUCUUCUCAUCUGCGACUUUAUUCUGGAAGGAGGAAAAACAGGAAGUACCACGCAAACAGCUCCAGAAGUGUUUCAUAUUCAAUGCUCAAUGACCCUGAAUUUGCUCUUAGAGAAGAUCUUCGUUCUGGAGUGGUUUUGGAUGAUAUUUCUGUUCAUAGUGACGUUUGUUAAUUUGGUCACUUGGUGGGUUAAAACUAAACCUCCGUUUUCAACCGUUUUGUUUUCCAAAACAUACAUCAAAUCAGUGGAAUCACCUCCUUCUGUGGAGGUUGGGUUUACUGACAUUGAACCUGUUUCUACAGCUCCAACUGUGCCUGUGGUCAGUCAGAAGGGCUUCAUUGAAGAGUACCUGAGAAGCGAUGGCGUUCUGGUCUUGAGGCUGCUAGAGUUAAACGCGGACAGAGCUGUCGUUGGGGAUGUGGUUCGUCAUCUUUGGGACCGAUACCGAGCCAUGCAGAACUGCAAGUCGUCACUAGAGAGUUUAGAUAAUGGUUUGCGUAAAGAUGAGAAAGACCAGAUGGCUAUCUUGAAUCGAGACUGA